GGGCUCUGGCGGGGCGGCUACAGGGCUCAGUGCGGAGCGGGCUCUGGCGCGAUGGCGAGCGCGGUCGUUAGGGUCGCCGGGCGGCGGCUGAGCCAGCAAAGCGCGUCCGGAGCCCCGGUCCUCCUGCGGCAGAUGUUUGAACCCAAGAGCUGCACCUAUACCUACCUUCUGGGUGACCGGGAGUCAAGAGAGGCAGUUCUGAUCGACCCCGUUCUGGAGACAGCGCAUCGGGAUGCUCAGUUGAUUAAGGAGCUGGGGCUGAAGCUGUUGUACGCUGUGAACACUCACUGCCAUGCUGACCACAUCACCGGCACGGGGGUUCUCCGGUCCCUGCUCCCGGGCUGCCAGUCUGUCAUCUCCCGCCUCAGCGGAGCCCAGGCUGAUUUGCAUAUCGGGGAAGGUGAUUCCAUCCGCUUUGGACGCUUUGCUUUGGAGACUCGGGCCAGCCCCGGCCACACCCCAGGCUGCGUCACCUUUGUCCUGAACGACCAGAGCAUGGCCUUCACUGGAGAUGCCCUGCUGAUCAGAGGGUGUGGACGGACAGACUUCCAACAAGGCUGCGCUAAGACUUUGUACCACUCUGUGCACGAGAAGAUCUUCACACUUCCAGGCAACUGUCUAAUCUACCCGGCUCACGAUUACCACGGGCUCACAGUUUCUACUGUGGAGGAGGAACGGACUCUGAACCCACGGCUUACCCUCAGCUGUGAGGAGUUUAUCAAGGUCAUGGACAACCUGAACUUGCCCAAGCCACAGCAGAUAGACAUUGCUGUUCCUGCAAAUAUGCGCUGUGGGGUCCAGACUCCACCCUCCUGAUUCGUCCCAGCCAGCUGCUCACAUCCGUUAUGAAUGCACUAGGUGGGGUGAGAGGAGGGGUGUCAUCCCAGGGCCUCUCUCCUCUCCUACCUCUACUCUCACCAGCUACUUGAGCUUCUUAAAUAAAGUUUACUUCGUUUUUGCCACGAA